AAAUUGCUCCGGAGCAGCCUCAGAAAUCUGCGUGGACAGGUGCUAAGCACGCUGCCGCUCCUGUUGAGACAAGCAAAGCGGUUGCGGCGCCAUCUUCUGCCACGACUAAAAAAGGAGAUGCGAAGAAGCAGAACGUGGAUUCUUUAUGUGCUGCACAGGCGGAAGGUAAAAAGGGUGCAAAGGGAGGCGUCGAUUCGAAGCGCGAGAAGCAGAAGAACGCUAAGGAAGCCAGUAGCACAACCGGUGGAGCACGUGAUCAAAAGCAGCAUGCGGCUCCGGAAACUACAGACAAAAAGGGCAGAGGGAAAAGUAAGGAUAAGGAGUCUUCCGGAAAGCAAGGCAAAGAUACAACAGCCUCGCGAAAUAAAGGCAGCAAGGACAAGCAGGGGGGAUCUUCAAAGCCACCAGGAGGUGAAGGUCAGAAGGGGUCUUCUACGAAGAAUACAACGAAGAAAGCAGCUGCACCAACUGGAAGUGCAACAAGUUCCGCGACGAGCAGCACAAGUAUUACUGUCUCAGGGUCCACCAAUUUUUCUUCGAAAGAUGCUAGUGCUAAAAGCACCGUGGUAGUACCAAAGGACUCGAAAAAUGUUGUUGUUGACAAAAGAACCGCGGCUGAUGGUGGCGGCGAGCAAGUAGUCGAUCCUGGUACGGCUCCUGCCAAGAAAAAGAGAAAUCGUCGACGCAAGAAGCCGGCAGCUACAGCAGAUGGUGACUUCUUCGAGAAUGAGGAUGAAGAGGAUCACCAGAUUAUUAAGCAGGAGGUCACGGAAGUAGUAGAAGCACAAACCACAGUAGCAAAGUCUUCCACGUCGACAUCAUCGAAGAAUCCUGUCGCAGAGACUCCAGAAGCGACCUCGAAAAGCAGGACUACGAGCAAGAGUUCUCAACAGCCUGCGGGGGCUCAAAAUCAUGUCUCCUUUGCUGCAAAGAGGUCGAGCGAAGUCGUUCUUGUACCAGCAUCGGAAGCUAAGACGGCAUGGCAAACGCGGAAUAGCUUCGGGGGUAUGGCGUUUUCGGAUUCAGACUCUGACUCAGAUGGCGAUCAUGAUAGGGACCACGCUAGCAGGCGUGGUGGCGGGGAAGACGACUCUAGGCGACAGCCUGCUUCUCCGGACUUUGCAAAGACGAAGAUUACGGCUCUUGCUUUUUGCUAGAUUGAGAGUCAGAAGAUUGAUUCAACGUGGAUUCAUGAUCACACAAAACCAAUAUUACCUCCAUAGUCCUGCUAGUCCCAACACUACAAGUUUUAGUUCUUCUCCGCACCACGUCCCGCUCUAAAGCAUGCAUCGAAGAUGCUGUUGUCUGUUUAUGGGAAAAAGUGAAUUUAGCGGGACCAAAGCAAGACGACUCAACGAAGGACGGAAAGUCAUCGACUUCGGGUGGCGGAGAGUCGGGAAGUGGCAGAAGGAGAAAGAAAAAACAGUCAUCUUCUGGUGCGCAACAAGCAGGAGCAACGAAAAUGGUAUCUGCAGAUGUGAGUACUACCAGAACAACACCUGGUGGCGUGCCAAUUCUCGGAGACGAACUACCUGACGACGCACCCCUUCUGCCCGGUGCAACAACUGCAGCCGUAGUCUCCUUCGCAACGAAAAUAGAAGAGACAGGCACUCUUGAUGGCAGUACUAAUAAUCUAGGAGGUGGCAAGAAGGCUGGCACCAAAAGCAAGAAAAAGAAAAAGGCUGUGCCACAAGAUUCGGAUGAAGAAGCACUACAACUUGCUAUGGUGGAGAAAAAAGCAGAGUUGUUACCAUUUUUCGUAUUCCGGCAUGGCCGCGGUGGAAGUGCAGCUGCAACAGCGUUUUCAUCUUCAUCCAGUACAACUAUGCCUUCAGGCUCCUGGUCGUCAGGAUCAGGCACUAGUAGCGCUACUUCUGCUGGCGCAACUCCCUGUCACCAGCAAGGAUCUUGGUGUGCUUCCUCAUCGAGCACUGGAGGCUCUGCAGCAGCCACAGCCUCCAAUCUGACAAGCUUUCAUCUCGAGUUCGAGAAUCGUCGUGCUGAUUUAGACCGCCUGCUUGCUGGACCUAUGUAUAAAAUGGAGGACAAGGCAGGACUCGCUGCCGCGUGUACGGUUUCGAAAUGCGAUUUGAAAUUAAGACCUCUCAUUUUGAAUUUGAACUUGAUUGAGUGGCCCACGACUUGUUUACUUAAAUCUCAGUUCUUUUUAAAGACCACUACAACAAGAACAAAAUAUGCCCCCUUCCCCUCACUCUAAGAAAAGCUAUUUCGAGCCAAGCAGCCUGUCGCGCGAGAUGUCUGAAACUCUCACAAGAGUUGAAGAAACUAUGUGCGGGCCUCUGGGAGUUCCCAGAUCGGGACACAGAAAUUGAAGAGGAGGAGCGCUUAGUUAUUGAGGAGUUUGCAAGGAGAAAGAGUGCUGGCGCUCCGCUUGUCUUGAAGCAACAGACGCCAGCUUCAUCAACGAACAAAGCGCGAAACAGUGGAAGUUCGUUGGACGCCGGGUAUUCUUAAAUCCUCCUCAAAAUCUAAACGAUACAUAGCGAUAGAUUCCACUUUUGCUGUCCGUUUUUCAUUGUUCUAGGUUGACCAAGCGCUGAGAAAUCAGUUUCCAUCUUGCCGGCAGAGCAGAACCAAUGCCCGCAAACAAUGGAAACGAGGCUGGGCCGAGGCUGGAGCCGGGCCAGUGAUGGCAAUACUUCGGCCCAGUCGUGCCCGGGGGCGUCCCUGAGCUCGUUGAAAAGGUGGGUGCUAUCAUCGUCGAAGACGAAGGAGCGGAGGGUGGCAGCUAUGAACGCACGGGGGCAGCUAGGUCUAGAAAAACACAGGCGCGUGGAUUUCACAUGGGCUUACUUAUCAGGUCGGAGUUUUUAAUUAAGUACCUCGUCUCUCACUUUCAAUCUUGUUAUACCAGCACUCUUGGCGGCGAUCAGUCCCGCUUAUCAGUAUUCUCGCAGACUCGCGUAAAAGGGCUCGAUCGCGUACAGUGGGAGAGCGUAGAGAACUGCUUGCGCGAAUUUGGUCGAUUAGUCGAGCGUUCUUGCAAGGGCGCCGGAGAAUACGUCUUGAUUGCGCAGCAUGGUGCCGUCAACGACAUUUUUAACAUCGUGCUGAAGCUUCCAGACGUAUUUGCAGCACAUCUAGCAGCUGGCCUGAGUGUAGCUGGCAACGCUAUUGUUGCGUCUUCGCAGAGUGGGAGUUCGGCUAGUAGUGCUUAUGGCUGAGACAAGAUAAGGAGUAGAACGUAUGAGUAUUCUUAUCUUCGGUUUCAGAAGUAAAAGGUACUAAGUAGUCUGUCUCUGCCAUGCCAUAUCCAUAGCUCUUUGACAAUUCCAGCGCGGCCUUACAUUCUUCUAAUAUCCUGGUGUGGAUGCCACUACGCCUGGCGAUCAGUCAAAGCGCAGUCCUUCUUGCUACGAAGACGAUGACGACAUCUUCUCUGGUGCUGUUGCGAGUAGAAAAGGAAAGAAUAGAAGCGCAGCAUCAUCAUCUGCUACCAAUGGCAAUGUAGACCAAUCAACAGCUGCUAGUACUGUUCUUGCUGCGGGCGCGCAGUUCACUGCCAAUACCCCUUACAUGCAGAAGACAGUGACAGGCAGCAUGCUAACUGCUAUUGUUGCUGCGUUGAAAGUGUUGGUCCAGUUAUGCAAAAAUUCCGCUUGCAGGUCGUUCUUCCUCUUCACCGAUAGACUGCGUCCGUUGAUUGUGUGCGCAUUACGGUGUUUGGAAUUGUUGGAGAUGUUGGAAUACAGGGAAAAAGUCACGGGACAGCCGAAAACACCAAAGCAAACGGCAUCCAAGACGCCCACAGCUGCGGGUAGUAAGAGCACUGUGGUUUCCCAUGUGUCUUCUGCUGCGACAACACUCUUCGAGCAAGAGGGAGGUGCUGGAAGUAGUGCAGUUAUUGGAGUUCGUCCUUCAGGCGGUCGUACGUCUGAGAAACACAAAGCAGGUGGACGUGACUCCCAUUCGUCGGGAACGACCGCACGAAAGAAGGGCAGCGCUGUCGUGUUUUCGCCGUCCGCAACGUCGCCUGAAGCGCGCUUUUCCUCUUCGGCUGGUGAGCAUGGCGUCCAUAGCUUGGUAGACUUCGAUCUCACAGCACCAGAGUACGAACAACUCCAGCAUCAAGUGUUGUCGGUCUCACCUCUCAUAAUGGACUGCUUUUUCAUGCGUCAAGAGCGGGUGGAGGCCCAUCGUUCGACGAACUUUCAGUUCCUCUGCACGCACCUGUCGCAAAUCUUCCACAUUUUGACUCUGAAUCUUGGUGGAGCAGCAACAGCUUGUGCAGGUUCUUCUACAACUUCUUCUAGUGGAGGAACUAAUAUUAUGGCUCAAAAGAACCCAUCUCCACGUGAGGCAACUAAGUAAUGGGGCGAUUUGUACUAUUUUAACGGGUGCAAGGAUGCAUUCACGGGAAGAUCAUGGGUUACUAAGGGUAGGAGCUCUAAUAUUGAUAGUGGUCUUCUACUUGGGGCUGGCAGUACUAGAGGAACAUCAGCGUUGACUGCAACUGGCGCACCAAUCGUGAAGUUAGAUCUUUCUGGUGCAGCGGGCUUCGGAGCCAUGGCGGAAAGUGAUGGUGGAACACCGACAGGCUCGGUGAUGAACUCUGCUCGCUCCGCAACCAGUUCAUCCUCAACGACGACAGCCUGCUCUUCUUAAGGCUACUUAUAUUUAUAUAAUGUCAUAGAGAUGCGUUUCCACCAUCAUGUUGUACUUAGUGUGUUCCUUUUGUUACUCCUCCUGAGGACCACAUUGAUGCACCAUUAUCAGUUUCAAAGUAGAUGUAGAUCUAUGAUAAAAAGCUAGAGUACUUCUACUUCCGUUCUUUAGGGACGACCACUCUAAGCCUUCUCAAACGAACAAGAUGCAUCCAAGACGGCCGAACACUCACGUACGAAGCUUCGCGACCUACUGGUUGAGUACAUGUUUGUAUCCGGUUUUGGAGAUCGUCUGCGUUCGCGUUUCCGACACGCAAGCAUGUUCCAGAUCUACGAGACGCAAACGACUUUCUUACUACGUGCAUCAAUCUUGUUGCAGCAUUUGGUCAAAAACGUG